CUCCAAGACCUGGGUGUCAACCCAGCAAACAUAGGGUUCAAUUGGUUGACUAUGGAGUCAGAUCGUUUUAUAUGUGUGCGUGAAACUGUAGGAGGAGCGAAUCAAGUUGUCAUAAUCGACCUUAAUGAUCUUCAAAAUGUAAUGAAACGACCAAUUUCUGCUGAUUCUGCAAUAAUGCAUCCAACAAGCAAAAUUCUCGCUCUAAAAGCUCAGAGGCAACUACAGAUUUUCAAUCUUGAUCUAAAAUCAAAAGUCAAAUCUCAUAAUAUGCAUGAGGAUGUUGUUUUUUGGAAAUGGAUAAACGUCAAAACGCUUGGUCUCGUUACAGGAACUGCUGUUUAUCAUUGGUCUAUGGAUGGCGAUUCUCAGCCAACUAAAGUCUUUGAUAGGCACGUAAGCUUACAGAGUGCUCAAAUAAUUAAUUAUCGUGUGAAUUCGGAUGAAAAAUGGAUGGUACUUGUUGGUAUAUCAGCCGAGGAUGGAAGGGUUGCCGGUCAUAUGCAACUGUUUUCUAAGGAACGUCAAGUCAGUCAGCCAAUUGAAGGUCAUGCUGCUGCAUUCGCCACUUUAACGUUAGAAAAUGGUGUUUCCCCUACAAGAUUGUUUACGUUCGCCGUACGAAAUCCAUCUGGCGCAAAAUUACAUAUCGUUGAAAUCGAUCAUAAAGAUGAAAAUCCACAAUUUGCUAAAAGGACGGUUGAUGUCUUUUUCCCUGCGGAAGCUAGUACUGAUUUUCCCGUCGCUAUGCAAGUUAGCAAAAAAUAUAGUAUAAUCUUUCUUGUCACCAAAUUUGGUUAUAUCCACUUAUACGACUUGGAGACUGGUACAUGCAUCUAUAUGAACCGAAUAAGUGGUGAAACAAUUUUUGUAACUGCUGAACAUGAAGCAACAAGUGGAAUUAUUGGUGUCAACCGAAAGGGUCAGGCAAAUGAUAAUAAUAUAAUUCCUUACAUAAUGUCGACGCUCAAUAAUCCUGAUCUAGCUGUGAGAGUUGCUACAAGAUGCAAUUUACCGGGUGCUGAAGAAUUGUAUGUUAAAAAGUUUAUGGAAUUAUACGCAGCUGGACAGUAUAAUGAAGCGGCUAAAGUUGCUGCCAAUGGACCAAGGGGCGUUCUUCGCACACAACAAACUAUUGAGCGGUUUAAAGCAGUUCCUAUACAGCCUGGCACAUUGUCGCCGAUCUUACAAUAUUUUGGUAUUAUUUUGGAAAAAGGAGAGCUCAACAAGUAUGAAUCACUUGAACUUGCGCGACCUGUUUUGGCACAAGGCCGCAAGCAAUUACUUGAAAAAUGGCUAAAAGAAGACAAGUUGGAAUGUAGCGAAGAACUUGGUGAUAUUGUUCGCCAAUACGAUCUUACAUUGGCUUUAUCAGUAUAUCUUCGUGCCAAUGUCCCAAAUAAGGUCAUUGCAUGUUUUGCCGAGACUGGUCAAUACUCUAAGAUCGUCCUUUACGCGAAAAAAGUCGGGUUUCAACCAGAUUAUCCUUCUCUUUUGCAAAAAAUUAUGCGACUUGAUCCAGACAAAGGUGGUGAAUUCGCUGCUAUGUUGGCUACUGAUGAGAGCGGACCUUUAGUCGAUAUCGAACGAAUUGUUGAUGUUUUUAUGUCACAAAAUUUGAUUCAACAAGCAACAUCAUUUUUAUUGGAUGCUCUAAAAGAUAAUAAACCAGAACAAGCACAUUUACAAACUCGGUUACUUGAAAUGAAUCUUAUGCAUGCCCCGCAAGUUGCCGAUGCAAUUCUUGGCAAUGAAAUGUUUAGCUAUUACGAUAAACAUUCUAUCGCCUCACUUUGCGAAAGGGCUGGGCUACUCCAAAGAGCACUAGAACAUUACACUGACAUCAAUGAUAUUAAACGAGUUAUUGUUCAUACUCAAUCAUUAAAUAGUGAUUUUGUCAUCAAUUACUUUGGCAAUUUAUCUGUCGACCAAUCAUUAGAUGUGUUGAAAGAAAUGCUUAAAGUAAAUAUUAGGCAGAACUUGCAAAUAGUUGUACAAAUUGCCACUAAAUAUUCGGAGCAAUUACAACCUUUGAAUUUGAUUCAAUUGUUUGAGUCGUUUAAGACAUAUGAAGGCCUUUAUUACUAUCUUGGCUCAAUUGUUAAUCUUAGUACGGACCCCGAUGUUGUUUUUAAAUAUAUUCAGGCCGCUGUGAAGACUAGUCAAAUUAAAGAGGUUGAAAGGAUCUGUCGAGAAAGCCAGUAUUAUGAUCCAGAAAAAGUGAAAAAUUUCCUCAAGGAAGCUAAACUCGCAGAUCAACUUCCAUUGAUAAUUGUGUGUGACCGAUUUGACUUUGUUCAUGAUUUAGUUCUAUAUUUAUAUCAGCAGAACAUGACAAAAUACAUAGAAGUUUAUGUUCAAAAAGUUAAUUCUGCUCGUACUCCUGCUGUAGUUGGUGGUCUUCUCGAUGUUGACUGUGAUGAAAUAGUUAUCAAAAAUCUUUUAUCAUCUGUUACUGGUCAUGUACCUGUUGAUCAACUUGUUCAAGAAGUUGAAAAGCGCAAUCGUCUUAAGUUGCUUUUACCAUGGCUGGAGCAGCGUGUUAAUGAAGGUUCUCAAGAUUCAGCUGUUUUUAAUGCUUUAGCCAAGAUAUAUAUUGAUAGUAAUAAUAAUCCUGAAGCCUUUUUAAGAGAGAAUACGCUUUACGAUUCUUCAGCAAUUGGCAAAUAUUGUGAAAAGCGUGACCCAUAUCUCGCCUUUAUCGCCUAUCAACGUGGACAAUGUGAUCAUGAACUUGUCAAAGUUACAAAUGAGAAUUCCAUGUUUAAACAUCAAGCUCGUUAUUUGAUAAAACGUCGUGAUCUAACGCUUUGGGCUCAUGUCCUGGAUCCAAAUAAUAUGUACCAAUCUAUUGAUCCAGAAGAUGUUUCUGUUACUGUUAAAGCAUUUAUGGCUGCUGAUUUACCAAUUGAAUUGAUAGAAUUAUUAGAAAAACUUAUUUUAGACAAUACUGCCUUCAGUGAUAAUCGAACUCUUCAAAAUCUUUUAAUUCUUACAGCUAUUAAAGCCGAUAAAGCUAAAGUGAUGGAUUACAUAAAUAAGCUUAAUAAUUUUGAUGCUCCAGAUGUUGCUGAAAUUGCUGUUAAAAAUGGACUUUUUGAAGAAGCUUUUACAAUAUACAAAAAACAUGAUGAAAAUACUAGUGCAAUUAAUGUAUUGAUAGAACAUAUUGGUAGCAUUGACCGAGCAUCUGAAUUUGCAGAAAGUUGUAAUAAUCCUGAAGUUUGGAGUCGUUUAGCUAAGGCACAAAUCGAAGGUUUAAGAAUUAAAGAUUCAAUUGAUUCAUAUAUUCGUGCUGAUGAUCCAAAUAACUUUAACGAGGUUAUAGAUAUUUCAUCACGCGCUGGUAAACAUGAAGAACUCGUUAAAUAUUUGCAAAUGUGCCGUAAAAAACUUCGGGAGCCUGUCGUAGAUAGUGAGCUGUUGUUCGCAUAUGCAAAAACCGAAAGAUUCAACGACCUUGAAGAUUUCCUAAAUUCACCUAACGUGGCGCAAAUACAAGUAGUUGGAGAUCGAUGCUAUGAUGAGGGCUUGUAUGCAGCAGCUAAAAUAUUGUUCCAAAGCAUUUCAAAUUGGGCUCGAUUGGCUUCUACACUUGUGCACCUAGGAGAAUACCAAGCUGCUGUUGACGGUGCACGAAAAGCUAGCAGUACAAGGGUUUGGAAAGAUGUUCAUGAUGCUUGCGUGCAACAUAAAGAAUUCCGUCUCGCACAUAUCUGUGGUCUUAGUCUAAUUGUUCACGCCGAAGAAUUACAAGAUAUAAUUCGCAGAUAUGAAUACAACGGUUACACGGAUGAAAUCUUAUCUCUGCUUGAAGCUGGUCUUGGAUUAGAAAGAGCACAUAUGGGAAUGUUUACUGAAUUGGCGAUCUUAUAUACUAAAUAUCGUCCGGAAAAAACAGAUGAGCAUCUACGACUUUUCUGGUCACGUCUUAAUAUUUCAAAAGUUAUUCGAGCAUGUGAUGAAGCACAUUUAUGGAAGGAGAUGGUUUUCUUAUAUGAGAAUUAUGAUGAAUUUGAUAAUGCAUCUCUCGCAAUGAUGAAUCAUGCAGCAGAUGCUUGGGAACAUUCUCGUUUUAAGGACAUUAUUGUUAAAGUCAGCAAUGUUGAAAUUUAUUACAAGGCGUUAAAAUUCUAUAUGGAUGAACAUCCUCUCUUGCUCAAUGAUUUAUUGGUUUCUCUUACUCCACGAAUUGAUCACACUAGAGUUGUUCAAAUGUUUCAUAAAGCUGAUAAUUUGCCAUUAAUAAAAUCUUAUUUGAUAUCUGUUCAAGAAAUAAAUAAUGAAGCUGUAAACGAUGCUUAUAAUGAUAUAUUAAUUGAAGAAGAAGAUUAUAAAUCUUUACGUGAUUCUAUUGAUAGUUUUGAUAAAUUUGACAACAUCAGUCUUGCUAAAAGGCUCGAAAAACACGACCUUCUUGAAUUUCGACGUAUUGCUGCUCACCUAUACAAAAAAAACAAACGCUGGGAACAGUCUAUUUCUUUAUCUAAAGAAGACCGCCUUUUCAAAGAUGCUAUUGAAACAGCUAGUGAAUCUCGAUCAACAGAAAUUGUUGAAGAACUUUUGGAAUAUUUUGUACAGAUUGGGAAUAAGGAAUGUUUUACUGCAUGUCUUUAUACAUGUUAUGAUCUUGUCCGUCCUGAUGUAGUCUUAGAAUUGGCUUGGAAACAUGGUCUCUCUGAUUUCGCUAUGCCAUAUCUAAUUCAAGUUAUGCGUGAAUUCUCUACAAAAAUUGAUAUGUUGGAGAAGGCUAACGAUGAAAGAACAAAAGAACAGGAACGCGAAAAGAGUGAAAGUGAAACCCCUAUGAUGCCUCCAAUUGGAUUAGGGAACCAACUUAUGAUUACGCAAGGAUCAGGACAAGGGUAA